AUGGCCUCCGGAAGAGGCCCUGCUUUGCCGAAAAGGUGCCACGUUUGUCACCGUGCAUUCGCUCGCGGCGAACAUUUACGGAGACAUUUAAGGACGCACACCAAAGAAAAGCCAUAUGGAUGCCACUGCGGUCAGUCCUUUGCCAGGCGAGACUUGCUCACCAGACAUGAGCGUCUUUACCAUGCAGGCGUCACCGCCAGUUCGCUGUCAACAUCCCCAAGCACCGCGAACUCCAGCCAGAGCUCGACUGGUAACACUAUGGGAUCCUGGCCGGUCUACAACGACAGCAUAGCAACUGCCACUCACGAUACUAGCCACAUGUCUUUGAACUCUGCUGCGCAGCCAGGCCACUUGGCUCCGAUGAUUACGCAGGAGCUAGUGGAAAACCCCCAAUUUGGAGAUGCCCCCGAGCUCCUGGAUCCUCCUGGCUCUAUGGAAGCCAUGCUAGACAUUUCCGACUUCUUCGACUCUGUGGGGUUGGACUUUGAACACGGCUUCGACUUUUCCCCACCCGAUGUGCUUCCAAUGGGAGAAUCUCCAGCAUUUGCGCCGACUCUCGGUAGCGUCCCGGGUCCUUGCCUCGAGCGGCCGACUUCCGAAGGCCAGAGACCCGGGCCGAGUUCGAAUGUCUCCUCUUCGACUCGCAUCUGCAAUUCCAUCCCUGACACGGAUACCGGAGAAGAUGACUUCCACGAGUUGAAACCUCUAACUCAACCCUGGAAGGUAAGCGAAGCUCAACGGAGUAGAUUCAGCCAGCAUCUGAGUAAGUAUGAAGGUGUUUUGGACGGGUUUAAACUCCCAUCGAGGCUGUCAAUAUCGCGCUACAUCGCCGGGUUUGUGGAUGGUUAUAGUAAUCACCAUCCAUUCAUCCACAUGCCAACAUUCUCUGCUGAGAAUUACCCGGACUCCCCGGAGCUGGUGCUGGCCUUGCUGUCUGUUGGCGCUCAGCUCCGUUACGAGACCCGUAAUGCCAACCAGCUUUACCGGGCUGGGCGGGCGAUCGUACUGCACCGACUCAAAUCUGGGGAGGCGACCAGCCCGGCCGGUAAUAGCAUUGUAGGCGUUGAGGCAACGAGCACGAGUUUCCGUACACCAACCGUGCGCAUGGAUUUCUUAAAGGCAAUCCUGCUGCUGGCAACGUUCUCGGCCUGGCAAGAAGACCAAGUCCUCGUGCGGGAGUCACUCGAAUACCAAGGCAUGCUCGCCUGGUGCAUAAGAGACGGUGGUUUGGUAGACGGUUCCUCGGGUGACUGUGACGAUUGGCACGUUUGGGUAAGGGAGGAGUCGGAUCGGCGGGCGAAGCUCUCGGCGUUCUGCUUCCUGAACCUCCAGAGCCUGGUCUUCGGCGUGCCGCCCAUCCUGCUCGCAAACGAGCUCGAUCUCCGCUUGCCGGUGACUUGCGAUGAGUGGCUGGCCAGCUGUCCGUCGAAAUGGAUACGGGCCCGGGCCAAGGGACCGGCGCUGGCCCGUUUCCAGAAAGCCUUUCUCGAUUUGGUCCAGCCGUCCGCACACUCGGAAGAUGGGCCCGUCACUUCGCCGUUCGGUAACUUCGUUCUUAUGCACGCUCUGCUGCAACGGCUCAUGAUGGCGAAGCAGCUCUGCCUCGACCGCCACGCCCAGAGGCUGUCUCCUGAAGACGGCGCCAGGUUCGAGCUCUCGCUGCAUCGGUGGCGCGAGCAGUGGCGCAGGGCCCCCGAGUCCGUCUUGGACGUCAAGAACACAAAGGGGUCCCUCUCGUGGACGGCGACGUCUCUGCUGGGGCUGGCUCACGUCCGGUUGUACUUCACCUGUAGGACACAGCAGAACGCGUGCUUCGGCAGCGCAAAAAGCAUCGCCGACGACGCGUGGGACGCGAAGCCGCCGGGCCGUGGGCCCCAGCUUGUGUAUGCACUGUUACACGCGGUUCAUGCGCUGAACAUCCCGGUGCAACUCGGCAUCGACUAUCUCGCGGGCUGCCAGGCCUUCUUCUGGAGUUUGCAACACAGCUUUUGUUCCUUUGAGGCAGCCAUCUUCCUGAGCAAGUGGCUGUUCAUGCUGGCCGCAGACCACGAGUCGAGUAGGCUAGACGCAAAUGAACGGCAAAUCAUACGGUGGAUAGAUUGUAUUGUCAACGAGGCCGUGGCUUCACUUGAUGAGUUUGAGGGCCAUGACUUCAACAGCCAGGGAGACACGCCGCAGUCUCUAGGGAUUCUCGGUGGCAUGGUCAUCAAGCUCUUCGCCAAGAUGUUUGAAAGCUGCAACAGCGCCUGGCCAAUAAUGCGGAAACUUGGCAACAGUCUACAUGAGUACUCGGUCCUGUUGGAUAAGAAUGGCGGGCUGGCGAGUGUCGGAAGAGCCGAGAGUAAUGCGAGUUGUUCGGCUGCAACCUGACCAGUCC